CUCGUUAUUGUCUUAGUGUGGCGAAUAUUCGAGGACAAGGAUACGACGGAGCGAGCAAUAUGCGUGGUGAAUGGAAUGGUUUGCAGGCCUUAUUUUUACAAAAGUGUCCAUUUGCCUAUUAUGUUCAUUGUCUUGCUCACCGGCUUCAAUUAACAUUGGUUGCUACUUCCAAAGAGGAUUGAUCAACUGAGAGACUUUGAGUCAUUACAGAUUGAGGAGAUGAUCACCAACGGUGAUAUUGAAACUGGUAAGGGGAAAAACCAAGUUGGCACUCUCCAACGUCCGGGAGAUACUCGUUGGGGUUCCCAUUUAACCUCACUUCGCAGUUUGGUAAGGAUGUUUAAUUCUACUUGUGAUGUGUUGCGAGACAUAAUUAAAUCUGGGAGCAUGACACAGAGGAGUGAAGCUGAUGGAGUGUAUGAUGUGAUAACAUCUUUUGAGUUUGUGUUUAUUUUACAUCUCAUGAUUGAUGUGCUUGCAGUGACAGAUGAUUUGUCUCAAGCCUUGCAGCGUAAAUCUCAAGAUAUACUGAAUGCAAUGCAUUUAGUGUCAUCAACAAAAGAGCUUCUCCAAAAAAUGAGAGAACAUGGAUGGGAUCUCUUACUUGAGAAAGUGAAGUUAUUCUGUUCUCAACAUGGAAUAGAAAUUCCAAAUUUCAGUGCUG